CUAUAAGUUAAGGGAACAUGGCGACGUCUAAUUUGCUAAAGAACAAAGGCUCCCUUCAGUUCGAGGACAAAUGGGACCUGAUGCGUCCCAUCGUACUAAAGCUGUUACGGCAAGAGUCGGUCACCAAGCAGCAGUGGUUUGACCUUUUCUCAGACGUCCACGCCGUCUGCCUGUGGGAUGACAAAGGUCCCGCUAAGAUCCACCAGGCCCUUAAAGAGGACAUCCUAGACUUCAUCAAACAAGCACAAGCACGGGUGCUGAGUCACCAGGAUGACACGGCGCUGCUGAAGGCCUACAUCGUGGAGUGGAGGAAGUUCUUCACACAGUGCGACAUUCUGCCCAAGCCGUUCUGCCAGCUGGAGAUCACGCUGAUGGGCAAGCAGGGCAGCAACAAGAAGUCCAACGUGGAGGACAGCAUAGUCCGCAAGUUGAUGCUGGACACGUGGAACGAGUCCAUAUUCUCCAACAUAAAGAACAGGUUACAAGACAGCGCAAUGAAGCUGGUCCACGCCGAGCGGCUCGGGGAAGCGUUUGAUUCGCAGUUGGUCAUCGGAGUGCGAGAGUCCUACGUGAACCUGUGUUCAAAUCCUGAAGACAAGCUGCAGAUCUACAGGGACAACUUCGAAAAAGCCUACAUGGACUCCACCGAGCGCUUCUACAGAACGCAGGCACCCGCCUAUCUCCAACAAAAUGGUGUCCAGAACUACAUGAAAUAUGCUGAUUCCAAGUUGCGGGAAGAAGAGAAACGUGCACUACGAUACCUGGAGACGAGGCGUGACUGUAACUCAGUACAGGCAUUAAUGGAGUGUUGCGUCAACGCUCUGGUAACGUCCUUCAAGGAGACAAUCUUAGCCGAGUGUCCAGGCAUGAUCAAGAGGAACGAAACGGAUAAGUUGCACCUGAUGUUCUCGCUGAUGGACAAAGUACCUAGCGGAAUAGAGCCCAUGCUGAAGGACCUGGAGGAGCACAUCAUGAGCGCCGGCCUUGCAGACAUGGUGGCCUCCGCCGAGACCAUCACCUCUGACUCUGAGAAAUAUGUGGAGCAGCUGCUCACGUUGUUCAACCGCUUCAGUCGGCUGGUGAAGGAAGCCUUCCAGGAUGACCCUCGUUUCCUCACCGCCAGAGACAAAGCAUAUAAAGCCGUCGUCAACGAUGCCACUAUAUUUAAAUUAGAACUACCCAUGAAACAGAAAGGCGUGGGCUUGAAAACACAACCCGAGUCCAAGUGUCCGGAGCUGCUGGCCAACUACUGCGACAUGCUGCUCAGGAAGACUCCGCUUAGCAAGAAGCUCACAUCGGAGGAGAUUGAGGCCAAGCUCAAGGAAGUGCUGUUGGUUCUGAAAUACGUCCAGAACAAAGACGUGUUCAUGCGCUACCACAAGGCCCACCUGACCCGCCGCCUCAUCCUGGACAUCUCGGCAGACAGUGAAAUUGAGGAGAACAUGGUGGAGUGGCUCAGGGAAGUCGGAAUGCCGGCGGACUACGUCAACAAGCUGGCCAGGAUGUUUCAGGACAUUAAAGUGUCAGAGGACCUCAACCAGUCUUUUAAAGAAAUGCAUAAACACAACAAGCUGGCUCUACCAGCUGACUCGGUAAACAUCAAGAUCCUGAAUGCCGGCGCGUGGUCGCGGAGCAGCGAGAAGGUGUUCGUCUCGUUGCCCACCGAGCUGGAGGACUUGAUCCCGGAGGUGGAGGACUUCUACAAGAAGAACCACAGCGGACGCAAAUUACACUGGCAUCACCUCAUGUCCAACGGCAUCAUUACCUUCAAGAACGAGGUGGGCCAGUACGACCUGGAGGUGACCACCUUCCAGCUGGCUGUGCUCUUCGCUUGGAACCAGAGGCCCAGGGAGAGGAUCAGCUUUGAGAACCUCAAGCUCGCCACUGAGCUACCCGAUGCAGAGCUGCGACGCACACUUUGGUCCCUGGUGGCGUUUCCCAAGCUCAAGCGGCAGGUGCUGUCGUACGACCCAACAGUGUCGUCGCCCAAAGACUUUGCAGAAGGAACAUUAUUCUACGUCAAUCAAGAGUUUUCCCUCAUAAAAAACUCCAAAGUUCAGAAGCGGGGAAAGAUCAACCUGAUAGGUCGACUGCAGCUCACCACUGAGCGAAUGCGAGAGGAGGAGAACGAGGGGAUCGUACAGCUCAGGAUACUAAGAACACAGGAGGCCAUCAUCCAGAUCAUGAAGAUGAGGAAGCGCAUCAACAAUGCCCAGCUGCAGACGGAGCUGGUGGAGAUCUUAAAGAACAUGUUUUUACCACAGAAGAAGAUGAUCAAGGAGCAGAUCGAGUGGCUCAUUGACCACAAGUACAUCAAGCGGGACGAGACCGACAUAAACACCUUCAUCUACAUGGCAUAGCACAACAGUUUGGACUUUUGGCUUCCCCCCCCCGUCAAUCGGGCCUGAUGGACGCUAGAAUACUUCCAGGCCCACUCAACCCCUGCGCUCCACAAAUUUCCACUCCCCCCCUUCCUCUAUUUAAAACUAAAUCCUGUGCAGGGAGGCAUGAAUUAAAAGACUAUUUAAAAACACUUCCUGCCUUAAAGUUGUAUAAAGAAGAAAAGCAAAGUCUGCACCUAGUGGUUGUAACUGUUUUUAUUUGGGAGGCCGUCAUUCAUGGUUUACUCUUUUCGGAAUGCUACUACGGCGUGCCGGCUAGCUCGCUCCCACCUGACGCUUGUGGAAUUCUACAGACAAACGCUGGAGGAUCUGGGGGAAAACAUCAGCGCUCCACUUUUUUGUUUUCAGUGCGAGCGAAGCCCUCACGGCACUUCAAAUCCAGCUCGUCGCUUCUUGGCACCGUGGGGGGGUGGGGUUUGUUUGUGUUGUUGUUGUGAGAGUAAGUAUCACUUAAUCAGGACUUUUUUUCUGCAUACAGUGCCAGAUCGACAAGUCACCGCUUUUAUCCCUCGGAUUCAAAUCUCUGUUUUUCUGCAGGGGAGAUUGAAAGAUGUAGGACGGACGUUUUGGAUUUCGAAAUGUCCUCGGGGUCAGCGGAGGGCGGUGUCAUAGAUUUGAACCGGGUGAGGAGAGGCCCGAGUCAGUAUUAAGUAUCAACAGCUUUUCAGCGGGGUGUACCGUGAGAUGUGAAUAAAUGAAAUAAA